AUCGGAAUUUACUCCAAGUUUGGAAACUUCUCUGGGAAAUGACCCCUCGCAAGAGGAGAACCAAAUUCAUUCAGACUGGCAGAUCACACCACUCAAUCACACUGCUUCAUCCCCUUAAAGAAAAAAAGCCGAAUAUAAUACGAGAUGACCCUUGUGCGGAUGGAAAUGGAGGCUGUUCUGAGAUGUGUGUUCCAACAAUCAGAGGGGCCAGUUGCUUAUGUGGGGCGGGUAAACAAUUGCAUGAGGAUGGCGUUUCAUGCCAAGCCCCUGUGGACUUCCUCAUUGUAACUGAGGGCUCUUCAGUUCGCGGCAUUGAGAUCGGAGCUUCCCAGGGUGAGCCAAUGGUUCCUGCAGUGUCCCACUCCACUGACCACUCGUCACUCUUCCUCGCAGUCGACUUCGACUUCACUUCUGGCGCCACUUUCUUCACCGAAUUCAAUUCCGAGUCGGUCAUCAUGAAGUCACUCCACGAGCCCAUGAAAGAUGAGUCAUUUGUGUGGUCCAAGUGGUUUUACCAGCCAGAGGGAAUGUCCUAUGACUGGACUGCCAAGCUGCUCUAUGUGACAGACUACAAGUUCGCCACUCUGACUGUCGUGCAGCCGUUCAAGAAACAAGCGCGUAUCCUCAGGGAUGACUUGAGAGGCGCAAGGUCCAUUGCUGUCCAUCCCGCAAAGGGCUAUGCUUUCGUCAUCAUGGAUGGCGGAUCAGCUUAUCAGUCCUCUAUUGCUAAAAUAGCCCUGAGUGGUUCCGAGAACCCAACAGAGCUCGUAUCCUCCUUGCUCGUCUACCCGGAUAGUCUCUCAAUUGACUUCGAAGCAGGCAAACUCUACUGGAGUGAUUAUUCCAAACCCAGCAUCGAAAUGGUCAAUUUUGAUGGAUCUAGUCGACACAUGCUACCCAUUAACCCUCGGUUUCUCACCUCCCCCUCGGGACUGAGUGUGUUCGGUGGCUUUGUCUACUGGGCAGAUGGCCACACUUCCUCAGUGAUGAGAGCCCGUACCCUAACUGGAGAAGAAGCACAGGUGGUUCACUCUGGUAUACUUGGACUGGAAGACGUUAUAGUUUUCACUGGCUCAUACCAGCAAACUGUGACGAGUGCUUGUUCUGAGGACAACGGAGGCUGUGAUGGCUUCUGUCAUCCCAUCACCGACGGGGUCAACAGAGUCUGUUCAUGUCCCUUCGGGUCCACGCUGCAAGGCACCACUCAAUGUGUAGACAACGCAGCAGAAUUGAGCUGGUCUUGUGAAGAUGGCUUGAAUGAAUGCAGAAACGGGAGGUGUGUGGACGAAGAGUACUUCUGCGACGGAGACAACGACUGCUUUGACAACUCGGACGAGAAACACUGCAUCAGUUGCAGCUCUUCUGCCAUCAAGUGUGACAAUGGAAACUGCGUGAAUGGGGCGUGGCUGUGCGAUGGAUGGGACGACUGUGGGGACAUGAGUGACGAGUCAGGGAUGUUUUGCGGCACGGGGUCUGUCUCCUGUAGGGAGGACCAGUUCGCAUGUGGCAACCACCAGUGCAUUGAUCAGCUGUGGCGAUGUGAUACUAUAUCUGACUGUCUGAAUGGAGAAGACGAAAUGGGUUGUGGGUCUUAUGAGUGUCCUGAGAACCAUCAGCGAUGUCCAGGCGGUGACUCCUCUUCCUCCCAACUGCACCACUGCAUCCCAUACUCCGCCCUGUGCGAUGGGAGAAUCGACUGUCCUUAUGAGGCUGAUGAACCAGCGUCUUGUGGUACAAUAGAGUGCGGUGACAACGAAUUUGGAUGUGCUGAUGGUACCCAGUGCAUUCGGCUGUCAUUUAAGUGCGACAGAUACCCGGACUGCGAGGACCAGUCAGACGAGACCACAUCACUCUGUGGGGACUACUUGACACAGUGCAUUCCAGACAUCCACUUCCAGUGUGAACAGUCUGCCAUGUGUAUUGAUGUGAACCUCAAGUGCAACGGGAUGCCAGAUUGUUCUGACUCCUCAGACGAAGCCAAUUGUUCAGGUCUGAACUGGAUGGAUUGUGGGCUAGAUAUGUUCCAAUGUCACUCGGGGGAGUGUAUGUGGAACGAAUACAAGUGUGAUGACGUCAUCGACUGCUCAGACGGGAGUGACGAGUCACAGUGCCUGGUGAAUGUGGAGUGUGACCCAGAACACUACUGGUUGUGCUCAACAACAACUGAAGACCAGUGCGUAGAGCUAGACAAGCUGUGUGAUGGGAUCGAACACUGUUCGGAUGGGUCGGACGAGGACUGCAACAUGGGCAUGUGCGACAUGAACAACGGAGGCUGCGAACAAGUGUGCAACACCAGUCCCAGAGGAGUGCAGUGUGCAUGUCGCCAGGGAUACCACAUGAUGAACGGGAACAAUCUAGACAAUGCACAGAUGUCUACAUCGGGAAUACCACAUUCGGCUGCUGCUGCCAACAAAACGUGUAUUGACGUUGACGAGUGUGCUAGUGGGAGUGAGGGGGACUACUGUAGCUACAAGUGUGUGAACAAAGAGGGCUCAUUCACCUGCACAUGUCCAGAGGGGUUCCAGCUGGCCCCCAAUGGAAAACACUGUCGCAUUAAUGAGCCAGAGAAGACGGAGAUGUUCGUCACCAGUGGCAGGCGACUGCUACGUGUGGAACAGGCAGGAGUGUUCUACACUUAUCUGCAAAUGGACGCUGAGAUUAAGAAUGUGAAGCAAGUCUGGUCUCUUAAAGGGGAGGGGCAAGUGGAAGGGACUGGAGAGGAGAGCGAGCACCUCACUCUCUUCAUAUCCACCGCCAUGGAACUUCAUAUCAUCCAAGAUCACACUAUUCUGCACACCAUCAAUGGAGUAGACGCGUACUCUGAAUUAGCAGUGGAUUGGAUUAAUGAGCACAUCUACUACCUGGUCCAGGCCCCAACUCCAGACUACCGCAGUCUGAACAUGAUGAACCUGGACGGGUCGGGAGUGGUGAAGUUAGCCAGUCUUCACAUGGCCACUUCGGUGGCGGUGGAGCCUCGUGCUGCUGUGCAGAAGGUGUUCUACAGUGUGAAAGGCAGAGAGGGAGUAUAUAGUGGGCAGAUUGUGGCCUGUGAUCUGUCCGGAUCUAAUAGGCGAAUCGCUUUGAGUCAACAUGUAUUCAUGCCCAUCAGUUUGCAAGUGGAUCUGACCUCUAACAGACUUUACUGGAUGGACUUGUCAUCCAACUCCAUCCAUUACAUCCACCUUGACGUCCAGUUGCCCGCCAAAAUGUUCACACCUUUCCAAUCUGUCAAGUACCUGAUCGAGCCGAUGAGUCUGCAAGUGUUCGAGGACUCUGUGUAUUGGACGGAUCUCAAACUGGAUUCGCUGUUCUCCUGCGACAAAACCAGGUGUCUUCUCCCCCUCUCAUACAUCCCCGCUGUCCUCUCUCGCCCCAAAGCACUCUCCGUCAAUCACCCAAAACUGCACAAAAAAGAAAACUCUGUGUGUUCGGGGUUGCCUGGCGGGGACUGUGAGUACCAAUGUGCUCCUCACUAUAGUCACUUCUCGGAAAAACUGGAGCCAAUGUGCAUGUGUAAUAUUUUCUCAACCAGGACAGGAUCUACUUCUUGCAAACUAGAUUUCAAAGGGUUCGCGUUGUUCAACGCCUGGCAGUUCUAUGUCAAGAACAAAACAGACGAUAUAGAGUUCGGUCUGGAAACUGUGUGGCAUUCGCAGACUGUGCAAAAGGCCUUCUUUGCUCCACCUAAUAAAAUCUGGAUAGUCCAAGACAAGGGCUCUGCCUCCGAGGUCCAGUUGUUCAGUCUUAGUUCCAUGCUUGUUGAGCAGAGGGCACUGGUCUCCAGUUUGGGUCACCUUGUGACCUUCAACCCAGUCAGACAGCAGCUUCUCUACGUCGAUAAAAUAUCCAAUGAGCUCAAGAUAAUGGAGUUUUCAAGCAGUAGCGAUGUUCGCAGAGCCUCACUUUUCAAAUUUACAGACUCCGAAGACUUCAUUCAGAUGAGCUCAUUGACUCUUGAUUCGCAUCGCAAUAUUCUCUUCUGGUACAACAGUCACCAAAACAAGUUCCAUAUGCUCAAGUUAUCUCAGAAUGAUGUAAUGAAAAGUAAUGGCGAUGUAAUAGUUCCGACGAGUAGCGUGAACAUGGUGACGAAGCCUUCAGAUGUAGAAGUUGACGGAGUGAACGGGAAUGUGUUUGUCGAUUUUGUUAAAGAUGUGACAAAGUUGACCUACAAUGACCGACAACUGAACUCAAUGUCACAACAUCCAUUUGUCACUAAGUCUGAACAAAAUCAGAUGACUGGAAUUGCUUUCGCGCCCUCAUCCGGAGACUUACUCUACGUAGAUACGAAUAAUGUAAUGACGCAAGAUACUCCAGUCUCCAAAAUGCCAAUCAUGCGCUCGUACCAAUCGUUGCUUCUUUCUAUCGACACCUCCGAACACGUGACCGAUGAGUCCUCAUGCGUGAACAAAGAUUGUGGAACUGGUGGAAUGUGUGUUGAUGUUGAAGAUAGUAAAAUUGUCUGCAUUUGCUCUCGGGGCUUUAUAAGGGAGGAACAUUCUAUCGCUGACUCAAAAUGCAUAGAGACGGGGAGUGAUGUGUUCUACUUUAUGACUGGUCGCAGUGACAGCCAUUCAAAUCUCUACACGUGGACAUCCACAGACGGGUUUUCGCCGGUAUCAGCAGAUGCAUACGUCACACUUGAAGGCGAAGCUAUAACCACGCUGACGUGUUCCUUUUGGGGCUCUGAAGACCAGAAGAAACAGUUUUUCGUGACUAAGAACACAAUGUACCUCCAUUGGGCCAUCAUGGCUGCCUCCCCCUCGGACGCAAUGGGCAAAGUGCUGACAGACCAGGGCAUCGGAAUUAACGGAGUCACUCAGAUUACACACGAUCCUCAUCUUGACUAUCUGUACUUCGCGAACCACUACUCCAGCCACUGGACUCUGGAGGCCAUGAAUGUUUCUUCGCCCCAACAGAGGAUUGAACUCAUACAAGGCAGCAAUGGAGGCCCCGAAGUAGUCGCUCUGCUCACUCUCAAACAAACUUUUCUCUGGCUGCUAUCUGACAACACUCUGGGUUAUUCCAACUUGGAUGCCUCUAACAAAGAGACAGGAAUCUCUCUCACCAGCGGAAAGACUGUGGUAGAUCUCACUGGAUAUAACGAAGACAUCUAUAUCGCAUACUCUGACUCAGUCGAGAAGCGAAGUCUGCAAAACGACAUAUGGACAGCCGUGGGGUCUGUUUCUUUUGACGCAGCUACUGUCAAAUCAAUUGUUGCUACUAACUCAAGUCUAUAUGUCGGACUGUCGUCGGACAAAGUCGAAUUAAUUGACCUGGCCACGUGGACGAAGUCGGACGCCACUUUUGCCGACUUCUCGCCCUGGGGAUUGUCCGACUUCUGUGUGACGACUGCGGCUUCAGAGGACCCGACAGGGUUCAAGUCAGCUUGCACCGGAAAUAGUGUGUGCACCGAAUUCUGCUUUGAUGUCGAGGGUGCUCCCACGUGUUACUGUGCCCAUGAAGCCCUGAAAGUGGAAGUCGACGAAGAUUGCCCAGAGCCUGAGAGCCAUCUAGUAACAAGCAGUGGCCUUGAUUUGAAGGAAAUUACAAACAAGGGCUCUUCUAAAGAAGCUGUCUUUGAAAUGAGGCUGGAAGGAAACGACAGUCAGAGCUUCAUCAGUGACCUGUCAUAUCACAGUCCCCACAAAACCAUCUAUGUCGCAAUUGAUAACCAAAUCAGAACGAUCUCUUCUGAAAACGGAGACGACGAAGAGACUAGACUGGAACUGGACUACGAGAUCCAUCGGGUACGGGUGGACCAUGAAGACAUCCGCGUCUACAUUGCGGGCGCAAACGGAGACAUAGAGUACUAUGACGGCAAGAGGAGCAAUGACAGAAUCAAGGAGAGUCGGCAUCUCGUGAUCAGCCGAAUCCAUGCGAAUGACUUCGUCGUCGAUUUCUGCUACAAGCACAUCUAUAUUGCAUCUCAGAAUCCGAACAAAAUUGUGCGCGCGAGUGACAUGGGCGGUAACUUCGAAACUAUUCUCUCGGGAGCGGAUGUCGGCAUGAUUGAUUCCCUUGCCAUUGACAGAGUUGCCAGGGUGCUCUACUAUUCAGACAGCGUUAAGGGAAUCAUUGGCAAAAUCGACCUGAACAACACUGAAGCAUCUUUCGACCCUGUGCAUGAGUUGUACACUUUCAUGCCUAUCAACUCAAUGGACGUGUACGAGGACUAUCUGUACUUCUUUAAUCCACAGGUCAAUGCCGUGCAGAGAAUUGACUUGAGUGUGGCUGGAUCCCUGGCCAAUGUCAUCCAGUAUCAGGAGCUUCAGACACAUUUCAGACUCACUUCUCUCGCUGAUGUCCAAUGUCCUGAAACAAGUCCCUGUGACAUCAACAACGGAGGAUGUAUGGAUGAAUGUCGCGUAUAUAAUGGAAAAGCGGUAUGUUCCUGCUCGCACUUGAGCCAGUACCUGGUCAGCACAAUUCACGGGUAUUGUGAUUGGAGCAACAAGACCCAAUACUGUGAACAAGGUCAGGGUAGUGGUGAGCACUCACACCUGUCGUGCGAAUUUGCGCAGAAGUGCAUCCUGUUCCGCAGUGUGUGCGAUGGAGUGCAAGAUUGCGUUGACGGUGCAGAUGAAAAUGCAAAUGUGUGCUCCAUGAAAACAUGCAAAGACGAUGAGUUUAAAUGCCAUAAUGGACGAUGCAUUCCAACCGAAAACGUCUGCGAUUACGACGAUAACUGCCGAGACAACUCGGACGAACUCUACUGCGAGUACAAAGAUAAACCAUGUGAAGAUAACGAGUUCCGCUGUGCCGGCAAUCACAGGUGCAUUAGCGAAGAGAAAACGUGCAAUGGAGCGGACGACUGCAACGACGGACUAGGUAGUGACGAAUUGGUAGGGGAGCCGACCAACUGUGGUCCUGCAGAUUGUAGUGUUGAAAGGGCCCAAUUUGGAUGGUUGUCAGAUUUCGUGGAGUGUACCGAUACCCAUAUAUGUAUAGUCAAGUGGUGGCGAUGCGACAACCACCCUGGCGACUGCGGCACCGACAGCGACGAAGAGGGAUGUGAUACACACGACUGUGGCGAGGGCAACUUCAAGUGCGACAAUGGACAUUGCGUCUAUGUUGACGGAUGGGUUUGUGACAACUAUAAUGACUGUGGCGACUACUCGGACGAAUCACCCGAUUUAUGCAACGAAACUUUAGUACAAUGUAACGAUGACGAGUUCAAGUGUAACAACGGGAAGUGUAUCCCGAAGGCCUACCGGUGCGACUCGGACAACGACUGUGAGGACAAUUCGGACGAGGAGCCCUACGUGGACUGCCCUAACUUGGAGUGUGAGCCGAAUGAGUUCAAGUGUUCCGAGGUUGGAAGCCACAGGAGAAGAUGCAUACCCUUGUCUUGGGUGUGUGACCGAGAAGCCGACUGCGGACAGUCGGACGAAGACGAGCGAGAUUGCGAAUACACUCAUGAACCAUGUGCCGCGAAUGAGUUCCAGUGCGGCAACAAACUCUGCAUCCCAAAUCAAUACAAGUGCGACCAUGACAACGACUGCGGCGACAACUCGGAUGAACCCUCCUCCGAAUGCCAGUACCGCGUUUGCCAAGAAAAUGAGUUCACGUGCCGAAAUGGAAAAUGUAUAUGGGGAGGAUAUAGGUGUGACUACAUGAACAACUGUGGCGAUAAGUCGGACGAAGAUGUUUGUGAUUAUGAGGACGAUGAUGCGAGCACACAGUGUGACCUUGAAACUGAGUUCGAGUGUGCGGGGAACCUGAGAAAGAAGUGUAUCAGCAUUGACGAAGUCUGCGAUGGCACCCAUGACUGUGACCACGGAACCGACGAGACUAACUGUGAUGUAAAUGAGUGUGAAAUAGAGGAAGCAAACAGCUGUGAACAAGUUUGCGUGGACCUCAAGUCCGGAUACAGGUGUGAGUGUAACGAGGGGUUCCAGUUGGACCCUAAUGACGACACUCACACCAGAUGUCUGGACAUUGAUGAAUGCAGUCUACAGCCGAGAUACUGCACGCAGAGGUGUCGCAACUUGGCACCCGGAGUUGAUUGCAGCUGCGUAGACGGAUACUCGUUGACCUCAGACACUGUCUGCAAACAUGUACAAACUACAACCGGCGAAGACACUUAUCUCUUGUUCACCGACGAGUUGUCUGUGCGUCGUCUGGACUUAAACACUGGCAGUGUUGAAAUCGUGGAAGACGAAGGGGAUCUGAUCGUGGCAGCUGACUUCAACAGGGAGUUGGAGCGGGUGUUUUUUGUUGACAAUACUCAGGGCAAAAUCCGAAGGACUCAUAUCAAUGGUCUAGAGGUGCCCGUAGAUUUUGUAACGAGAGAUGUUCAAGGAGCGGAAGGUCUAUCUGUAGACUGGGUCGGAAGAAAUGUUUACUGGACAGACCGUGAGCGAGCCACUAUUGAAGUUGCAACCAUUGAUGGCAAAUAUCGGAAGACUCUCGUGAGUGAAGGUAUCAAAUCGCCCCGCCCUAUAGUCGUGUACCCGAGGGGCAAACUCCUGUUCUACGCUGAUUGGGGGUACGGUAAUGAGCACAUUGGCAGGAUGUACAUGGACGGCACUAUGGCCACUAGAAUUGUAGUCGAGCGGAUCAGUUGGCCGAAUGGACUCACUGUAGACGAAACGACUGAGAUGUUGUACUGGGUCGAUGCUCACCUACAAACGAUUGAAUCAUGUGACUUUGACGGCAACAAACGCUACCUUGUGAUGUCAUCAGUCAAGAACCCUGGAUUCCUUGCCCAUCCGUUUGCCCUUACAGUGUUUGAUCAGUUUGUGUUCUGGACAGACUGGGACUACGGAACCAUUAAUCGUGCAGACAAGCGGAACGGAAGUGGCGCCGAGGUCAUCUCGGAAACAGCGAAAAGACCCAUGGACGUGCAUGUAUACCACCGGCUGAAGCAGCUCAAUCAAGUCACGAAUGCCGCAGGAGAUGCAAUGGUGAGCUACGAACAAUCUGGUUGCGCAAUAAUGCUGCUGACUGUCAACGGAGGUUCCGACUAUCUCUGCGCGUGCCCUGAUGACUUCCAACUAAAUCAGGUGGACGGAUCUUGUGAAGCCAACUGUCCAACCGGGUUCAAGGUGUGUGCCGAUAACUCCGGGUGUUACGAGGGGUGGAAACACUGUGACAAAGUAGUAGACUGUUUCGACAACUCGGACGAACCCGAGUCUUGUUCAGUGAACCCUUGUGACGCAGGCAAACUGUACUGUGUGGAGAGUCACAAGUGUGUUUCGGCCGGUCAAAUUUGCGACGGGACAAAUCACUGCCAAGAUCCAACUUCCAGCAACCAGGCUGCAAGAGAUGACGCUACAGAUGAGCAGGACUGUCACUUGCACGCAUGUGCUUCCGGCUACAAGAAGUGCAGCAACAAUAAAUGUGUGGCAGAGACGAAGUUCUGCGAUGGAAGGAACGACUGCGGCGACAAUUCGGACGAAAUUACAGAGAACUGCCGAUGCGACCCGGUUCACCAGUUCCAGUGCGAUUCUGGCAAGUGUAUCGAUAAAGCCUGGGUUUGUGAUGUGGAUUUUGACUGCGAGGGUGGAGAGGACGAGCCUCCCAGUUGCAAAACUGAUCCCCCCAUUUGCAGAGAGGAGGACGGCAAGUUCGACUGCAGGACCAACUACAGAUGCAUCAACGACUACCGGGUGUGCAACGGGGAUGACGAUUGUCGCGAUGGGACAGACGAGAUAGAUUGUGCGUCGCACACGUGUCCCGAAGGAGACUUCCAGUGCAGCAACACCAAGUGCAUCGCGGGUAGAUUCAAGUGCGACUUCAUCAACCACUGCGCCGACUUAUCCGACGAGAGAGAGGAGCUAUGCGGAGGUCAACACCGUGAUUGCGACCCGGCGUUGGAGUUCCAGUGCAACAACUCGAAGUGUAUUCCCAAGUCCGACGUGUGCGAUCAGUACAACGACUGCGGCGACAACUCGGACGAAAAAGAGGACUACUGUAAAGCUAGUCACGUGUGCAGGAGCGACCAGUUCCAGUGUGUGGAGAGUGGACACUGCAUCCCAGAGGGCAACAAGUGUCUGGACGGAGUGCCGGAUUGUCCUGACAAGUCAGAUGAGGCCGGCUGCGACUUCCGCUACCCGGGCGAUCGGUAUUGUCCGGACUACCAGUUCACAUGCAACAACACCAUGUGCAUAGACGAGAGGCAGAAGUGUAACGGACGGGACGACUGUGGCGACGGAUCAGACGAGCUCCACUCCACCGAACAGGGAUGCGACCACGUGACCUGUGAUGCGGAGGAUAUGUUCCAAUGUGCUUCAAGUGAUGAAUGCAUCUAUGGGUUCCACAAAUGCAACGGAAAAGAAGACUGUGACGAUGGCUCGGACGAGGAGCAGGCGCAGUGUGAACCGGAGAGCCGAGAGUGCGACGGUGACUCAUCUUUGUUGCGAUGCCACAACUCCACCCAGUGUUACCGCCCGGACCAAGCGUGCGAUGGCAAUGCAGAUUGCGAUGAUAAGACAGACGAAAUUGGAUGUCAUAAUGAACCCUGUGACAACAACAACGGCGGCUGCGAGCAGAACUGCACAACUGUUAUGCAUGAAGGGAACGACAAGAUGUAUAUGUGCAGCUGUCACGCCGGAUACGAACAUUUUCUCGCCAAUCCGAAACUGUGUCAAGAUAAGAACGAGUGCAACACCUGGUCUACAUGCUCCCAAGAUGGUUGUGUUAAUACUGCCGGAAGUUUCGAUUGCUCAUGCAAGGAAAACUACAAGCUGGCAGCCAACUCCAAAGUGUGCAAGGCCAUGGGUGAGCCGAAGAUGCUUUUUUACGUGAAGGAGGAUUCGAUCAGAAGAUUGGUCAGCACGCCUAUUCUGGAUACGAACGCAAUUCAAGUGGACCAACUGACUAGCAACCCGGUAGCAAUUGACUACUUCUCACCCAACCACACCCUACACUAUCUCGAUGACUCAGCGCACCAAAUCUAUCGCUGUAUCAUCCCUGAAUUCAGUAGCAUUGUUACUCCUGAAUCAUGCGAAGAAAAAGUCAUUCCCUACCCUGGCCGAGAACCCACUAAGGCUAUGGCCAUUGACGAAGUGCACGAGUUGAUGUACUGGUUUGAAAAGACGGACGAAUUUGACUCGAACAACCCGAUUUACAAUCUAGUGGUCUCGACUGUUGAUGGUCGCUACCCGAAGACCCUGGAUCUGCGAGGUUUCAUUUUCAAGCUGCCAAGAAGCAUCACGGUUGACCCACUCAGAGGAUUUGUCUAUGUGGCACAACACAAUACGGGCAGUCAAAAAAUGGAGAUUAUUCGAAUUGACGGACACGGAAUGACUGUGUCUACUCUUGUCAGUAACGAGCAUGGAGAAAUCCGAGGUGUUGCAGUGGACUAUUUUAAGGACGGCAGGGUGUAUUGGACUGACUUUUUACUGCAUGCCAUUGGAUGCAUUUUGCCUGACGGCUCAGAUAGAAAAAUAGUCGCCUCUUUUGAAGAGCGCAGCAUCAAACCAUUUUCACUUGUGGUAUUUGAACACGAAAUUUACUUCACUGGACAGAAUGAAUCAACUGGUCGAUUCGGGCUUUUCAAGAACAGCAAGUUUGAUCUCAACGAAGAAGGCAAAGAUACCUUCACAGUCAUCAAAGAGGACAUUGAAUUAUGGUCACCUUUGAGUCUGUACCAACAAUACGCACGGCCUGACCCAGCUAUGCUUGACCACUGCAGUGACAGUGCCUGUUCGCACCUGUGUCUUCCGAAGGGAAACAUUAACCCACAAACGAAAGAGUUCAUGUGUGUAUGUCCUGACGGAUCAGAUUUCGUGAGCAAUACACAGCAGACCAAGUGUAAUAUCGGAAGGACAGAGUUCAUGUAUGCACCUUGCAGUGGCAACGGAGAAAAGGAUCUAUCUAGCCUGGAGUGCCGGUGCUUCGAUGGAUAUAAGGGAAUCAACUGCGAGCAAAAGGGUGGACGAGGAGGCGCGGGAGUGCUCGGAGGAGUGAUGUUGGUGUUGAUUCUGGUCGUGAUCAGUGUUGUCGUGUUCAUCGGCAUAAUCUACAGACAUCAAAUCAAGAGAACGGCUGUUUCCUUGAUGAAUAGGCCACCAAAUGAGCCUGUGAGUUUCCACGUGGGUGGCAGAGCCAACCCUGGGUUUGACACCCACGACAACGACCGAGUAACGCUCGGAAGAGACUUCUCAGGAGUCGUGGAAGAGGGUGCCGUGGAAGGACCCGUACUGUAUGCCGGAAAUGGACUCUCUGCGCCUUCGGAAUCUGGCCGAACCAACUUCAGCAACCCUGUGUUUGAAAUAAACGAGGCCCAGCUAGCCAUUCGAGGCUUCAAAACCCCCGGGAAAGAACCAAGUGUCCUUUACGCGCCUUCGACCGAGGAGGAAUCGGGUUCCGGAGUGGCAAACGUUGAGAAAAGGAUCAACUUCGAAGGCUGAAAAAUACAAAAACAAACCCUGUAUUUUGUCAGAAAAAACUAUCCUCAACUACUAACAGCUUUUCAAGCAGCUCUAACCUGAAUCACAUAUCAAAAAACAUAUAGCGCUAAGUCAUAUUCAUAUCAUCAGGGGUAGAUUUAUGGGAGUGGCGGACGCCAUCCCUCAGGAAUUCGACCCCCUCAUCAACCAGAGGGUCCCCCCUUUGGUAUUAUAUCAUGACAUUCAUUUUCGGCCGACAAACCCUGAAAUUUUUGGCUCCAAUAUAUAAUAAAUUUGAAGGGGAGCGCGCGCUGAAAAACUCAAUUUUUUCAUCAAAAUUUUCCAAAAGGUGCCCAAAAACGGCAUUUUUGACCUGUUUUUCUAAAAAUUCGCCUGCUUAAAAUAAAAUAGGGUCCUAAUAGUGUUGUGUGAGCGCUCGGAAAAUCAAUUUGGUCAUCCUAAAAAGUCCUGUAGAAUCCCCCUUUUGAGACAAUUCGAGAUCCGCCCCCUGCAUAUCAUGUAAACCAUCCAUUUCACAAAUUAAAAUUUCAAAAUGAAAAAUUGUCACAUUUGUAUCUUUUCCCUUGUAAAUAUUCAACGCUCAAUUCAAAUAUUUUUGCAUUUAA